AUGGUUGCCAUCGGUAUCCGAUCUCUCCUCUGCAUUCUGGGAAUUGCUUCCCUUGGCACAUCUGCCGCCGUCGAUAAUGCCGUUCAAAGCUGGCAGCUGACCCAAUACUGUAACGAGUUCUACACUGUCAGUAACGGUGACACCUGCUGGGACAUCAUCGCGCGGAACCAGAACAAGUUCACCAUGAGCCAGCUACUGUGCUGGAACAACGAUAUCAACCCAUGGUGCUCGAACCUGAUUCCAGGCCGACAGGUCUGUAUUGGAGUUGAGCGUCCUGGGCCUGUCUGCUAG